GGAACCAGACGUCGUUCCUCUCGCCACAGAGAUGGUUGGUGGUCGCCUGCGUUGCCUGAGCUGCUUCUCCACCCACAGCGAGCUGCUUCUUCACCUGCUGCUUCUCGGGGUCUGCUUACAUGAUGUGGAGGCUUCCAGCUGUGAUCUCACCGUCCAUAAACAAGUUGGAGACACCGUGGAGUUUUCAUCAUGCGUCUCACCUGGUAGAGUCGACUGGGCAGAAUGGAGAUUUAAUAAAUCGAGGAAAACCAUACUGGACGAUCGUAGGUUUGACGGCAGAGUCAAGAUGAACCCAGCAAACUUCAGUCUAACACUGAUGAAACUGACUCUUCAAGAUUCUGGUGAUUUCAGUUUCCUCUCAGAGGUAAAUGAUGAGCAAGUGGACACAGUCACCAUCCGUCUACAAGUUCACGAGCCCUUGACUCCGCCCCACCUCAGCUUCAACUCCACCUUUCAUCCUUCAAACGAGUCCUGCACAGUUUCCCUGGAGUGCGUUUCGACCCCCGACAGCAACGUCAGCUACAGCUGGAGCGUGAGGAACCAGACCCUGGUCGGCUCCAGGCUGUGGUACAACAUCCGGCCAGAGGACGGAGAAACCAAGUUCACCUGCACCAUCUCCAACAGUGAGAGCUCCACAUCGGAAACAGUGACGUGUGUCAACAGCAGCUCGGACUCAAACCAGGAGAAACAAAAGAUCUUCUUCUUCGCGGGGUUGGCAGCAGGAGGAGUUCUGAUUGUUGGCCUGGUGAUAGUUAUCUGUGUGUGUCACUGCAAACAGAGACCAGCUGUUCCUGCGACACUUAGUGACACUAACUCUUCUUUUCAUGUAGUGGCUCUUGUUCUCGACCCAACUGUCCACCACGAUGAAAUCCAGCUGCCAGUGUACUCGUCUCUUCUCCACGGUCAGACGUCCUUCUCCUACUGA